AUAGAGUACCGGAAAAAGCCUGAGCAGAAGGAACCCAAAGUGGGAAAAAGAACCCAGUUUCGGGUUGUGGGUGCUGAAAUGACGACCUUAGUGCUGGAUAACGGAGCCUAUAACGCCAAAAUCGGCUACAGCCAUGAAAAUGUCUCGGUUAUUCCUAAUUGUCAGUUCAGGUCAAAAACAGCACGACUUAAAACGUUUACUGCUAAUCAGAUAGAUGAAAUAAAAGACCCUUCAGGACUCUUUUACAUCCUUCCUUUUCAAAAGGGUUAUUUGGUGAACUGGGAUGUCCAACGACAAGUUUGGGAUUAUCUUUUUGGAAAAGAAAUGUAUCAGGUUGAUUUUUUAGAUACUAAUAUUAUUAUUACAGAACCAUAUUUUAACUUUACUUCAAUUCAAGAAUCAAUGAAUGAAAUUCUAUUUGAAGAAUAUCAAUUCCAAGCAGUAUUACGAGUAAAUGCCGGUGCUCUCAGUGCACACAGGUAUUUCCGAGAUAAUCCUUCUGAACUGUGCUGUAUCAUUGUAGACAGUGGCUAUUCCUUUACUCAUAUAGUUCCUUAUUGUAGAAGUAAAAAGAAAAAAGAAGCUAUUAUUCGGAUAAAUGUGGGAGGAAAACUCUUAACCAACCAUCUAAAAGAGAUCAUAUCUUACAGGCAGCUACAUGUUAUGGAUGAAACUCAUGUGAUUAAUCAAGUGAAAGAAGAUGUUUGCUAUGUGUCUCAAGAUUUUUACAGAGACAUGGAUAUUGCAAAGUUAAAGGGAGAGGACAAUACAGUCAUGAUUGACUAUGUUUUGCCUGACUUCAGUACAAUUAAAAAGGGCUUUUGUAAGCCAAGAGAAGAGAUGGUGUUGAGUGGAAAAUAUAAAUCUGGGGAACAGAUUCUUCGUCUGGCCAAUGAGAGAUUUGCUGUUCCGGAAAUACUGUUUAAUCCUUCUGACAUAGGCAUUCAAGAAAUGGGAAUCCCAGAAGCUAUUGUCUAUUCCAUUCAAAACUUACCUGAAGAAAUGCAGCCACAUUUCUUUAAGAACAUUGUUUUGACAGGCGGAAAUUCACUUUUCCCAGGAUUUAGAGAUCGAGUUUACUCAGAAGUUCGGUGUCUCACUCCAACAGAUUAUGAUGUUUCUGUUGUGCUGCCUGAAAACCCUAUUACUUACUCCUGGGAAGGUGGAAAACUGAUAUCAGAAAAUGAUGAUUUUGAAGAUAUGGUGGUAACAAGAGAAGAUUAUGAAGAAAAUGGACAUAUUGUCUGUGAAGAAAAAUUUGAUAUUUAAGCAGCAUUUCUGAGUAAAGUCUGGGUUGAAACUGAAGAGUUUAAUUUCAAAGUUCCUCUCAAAGGGGGUUAAGGACCUAUGCUACUUUUCUUCUUAAGAUAAAGCCUUGAACUUAAAUAAAUACUUUGAUUCAUGCAUGGCAGUGUUCAAAGGCUUUUUCAAUGGGUUACUACAGUAAACUGUAAUAUAGCCCAUGUUUUCAUUUAGGAGUUAGACUACCAUUAACAAUACUUUACUGUUUCUGAGAAUAAGUUAUUUUUCAUGAGAAAGUCAGAGUAAAUGUUAAUUAUUCAUAUGUGAAACACAAAUUUAAAUUUCCCACUGGUUAGUUUCCCUUAGAAGACAGUUUGUGUGACUUUGACUAUGAUUGGCUGAAGUGUUUAUAGACUAAUAGGAUUCAUCGCUGUUUCAAAGUAUUUUAUUUAAAAUGUGCUACUCUUUUUUUGUUAUUCUUAUUUGUACAUAAUAAAGUUGGAAACACCAACCUUGUA